AUGUCGUACUCAGCAUCCGAUCAAAAACUUGAACUGAAUUCACUCCCUGAUUUUCUGAAAACCAAGAGCCCUCAGGUUAAAUUCCAUUCAGCUUUCCCACCCUUGACAACUAAAGUACGUGUUCGGGGAGUCAUGGAGAGGGCAGGGUUUGAUGUCUAUAAGCCUCCGCAUAAUACUAGGAGUGUAUCUGUACCGUUGAAUAGCUUAAACGCCCCUAAAGGUUAUCGUGUUUCUGGAAAUGAUAAUGUAUCAACAAAUUCUCUGCCAAGACCGCCUAAAAUGAGAAAUUUUACCACAGCUCCAUUGAAUACAUCAACUCCAGAUUUAUUGAAAAAUCACUCUCCUACAAAUUCCAAAUCACCGGUUCAUUAUGCACGUGAGAAAUUAAAGAUAGAAUCCCAAUCCUCUACAGGGUCCUUUACUACGAUGCCUCAAAUUCCUGACAUUGCUCCUCCAUCUUUGGAUAUGAAUCUUGGUAAUAUUUCGAAUGAAACAAUAGUUCAGCCAUUAGUAGUUCAUGACAUGGUGGGUGAAUUUGUUCCUUCUAAUCAUAAUCAAAAUCAGGAACAACAACAACAACAACAACAACAUAUAAUUCAAUCGCAAUGGCAGAAACAAAGUGAGCCAAUAAUAGAAAUACCUCCAAGACGAUCUUUACCAAAGAUAGCAGGGCCAAGACCGUAUCACUCUGAACCUGACUCUGAUUCCGAUGCAGCCGAUGAACUCGAACCACAACCAACUGAACUUGAAACACCUCAGCUAGAAGUUACCAAUAUAUCAUCUAUCACUGACUCGGAAAAUAGUAGUAUAGCACACAAAUCAACUGAUUCCCAAGAUUCUUUAGGAGGACUGGCCAAUUUACGUGAUUCUUUUAAACACGAUUCCUUAGAGUCUAAGUUUCAGAAUUAUCAUCCGCUUCCAAAUGAUGCUCACAUUAAGAGAAUCAGUACUUUACACACUGAAGAUAUGAAAAUAUAUAACUUGGAAAGCCUAGAUGAUGAACCAGAAUAUGAGCAAGAGUACAAGCAUGAUUCCAAAUCUGGUGCAAAUGAGAUGUCUAUAAUCCAGGAGGGUGAAAUUGAAGAUUCAAGGAUCGAAACAACUAAGAUUCCGGCAUUGGUCAUUAAUGAUAAUGAUGAAGAUCAAGAUACAUAUGAUGAAACGAUACCAUUUGAAAAUGCUGUUGAUUACCAACAACUUUCAGCAUUCCAUAAUACCGAUGAUGAAAUUACAAACAACUACGAACAGUCCUCGCAAACAGAAUCGGUUAAUCCAUUUGCAAAGGUUGAAGAAAUUGAGUCAGGUGGGGAAGAUUAUGAAGAUUAUGAAGAUGAGCACGAGCCUGGGCUGAAUUUGAAAACAGCUGACUUUGAAACUCCCCACAAUUCAUCAGAUAUUAAUGGAAUUACUUUUGGCUUAAAUUCUUUGGAUAUUCAAGUACCUCCUCGCCACUUUAAAACUCCAUCUCCUUCCGCUUUAUUUUCAGAUGUCAAUGAUUACCAAAAUGAUGUUCGGUCCACAACAACCUCGCCAGAAGAUACUCACUAUGAUAAGAUAACUCAUGAUAUAACACAGGUCCCCCAGCAUGACGAAUUGCAACAUAGGCAUGCAAUUGAGGUUACAAAUGAUAGUAAACAAACCCAAGAUCUCACAUCAACUUCUCAAUUUGAGGAAGCCGAACUCUACUAUCCACCGGGAGAAGGUCCAUGUAGAAAAUGUGGCCAUAAUAUUUUGGAAUCAGAAAAGAAGAUCUGGUCAAAGGACCACCAGCUAUCUGGACAGUGGCACAGGAAAUGUUUUGGAUGUUAUAAAUGUGGUGCCAAAUUUAGUAAGGGCAGUUCAUGUUAUGUUUUUAAUAACCAGCCAUACUGCGAAGAACAUUUUCAUGAACUUAAUGGUUCGCUAUGUCAAAUUUGCAAUAAAGGUGUUGAAGGAGAAUGUUUACAAAAUGAUAUCAAUGAGGCAUUCCACAUCGAUUGUCUAAAAUGUGUAAUUUGUGGUUUGAACGUUCAAGGUGAUUAUUUCUUAUUCAGAGGUGAGGUUAUGUGUGAAGCUGAUGCCAAUGAGUUAAUGUAUCAAAUAGAGGAGGCUGAGAAGGAAGAGCAAAUGUCAAAAAUGAUCAAGAGGAGAACAAGGAUUUUAUAUCUCUGA